AUGGCAUUUAAGAUACAGACAUUGUUAUUUCUUUCUUCAAUGAUGACUGUUCUCUUUCUUGCCUCUGCUUUAUUCCUCGAAUACAAAUAUCUCAAAACUUCAAUGCUUUACCUGAUUUUUAAAGGUAGGUAUCGAUACAUCUUUUACUCAAUGAUAUCAGUAAUGUUUUUCGCGGUCUUGUUGGAAUUUGUUAUAUAUUUAGAUCCUUCGAAAUCAAGAUUAAUAUAUUAUUCGGCAUAUACAUUAGUUACUUUAUCCGAAAUUGGAUUGAUGACAUACGGAAUCGGAUUUAUUAAAAUGGAUGAAAAGCAGUUAAAGGACGUAUGGACAAAUGUAACUUAUCAAGACCAAUUUUCAAAAAUAGAAAAAGCAUUAAGAUGCUGUGGUUAUUCCAAUGUUUUAAUGUCAGCAUCAGGAAAGUGCGUAUAUACAACUGUAUGCCAAGAAGUUUUCAGCAAUGAAGAAAGCUAUCGUAGAACUGCAACAAUAAUUCUCGUUUUCUCUUCAAUUUUAUUCCAAAUUUAUAACUACCACGCUAUAUAUACCAUCUCUGGCCCACGAAAAGUCAAGCCAAGUGAAUUUGAAGACUUAAUUGAAUCUGCACAAUAA